UAAGAGGUGCAAGGAAGGUCCCAGGGAAAGGCUUAUGAGAUGAUAGUACGGGGUUCAGGGCUUUGGUUACAAAUUUAGUUUUGAGAUAUUGUGAUAUAUACAAAGCUUAAUAGUGUAGUAGUGUAAGGCAGCAGAGGUUUGGCUUCCAACAGAGUCCCAGUUCAUUGAUAUCUGUUUAUAGGCAUUUGUGUGUGUUUGCCCUAGUGUGUGUGUAUGUAUGUUUGAGUGUUUCUAUGGUGACAGUGGGAAGAGGUUAGUGAUUGGUUGUAAAUGAUGCAACCUAGGUGGCAUUGUCGUCACUUGGUCUUAGUUAGGACAGAAGACUCCAGACCGUAAGACUGAAAGGUUGUGUAAUUGUAGUGAGUUGGAUUUUGUUUAAAAAUAUUUCUACUAAAGCCAAGUACAUUUAUUUUAUGUCAUAUCAACUUACUUUUGUCUAUAUUAUACUAAAAAUGUAUAUUUAUGUUGACUAGAAAGUUAUUCAGGUUUUUUAAAGUCUUAAGAGUUAAGAUGACCGUCAACAGCAUCAAGGUUUUUUCAUACUUAGAUCCGACACUGUGUAAGACAGAUAUAUGACACAGACAGCUGCGGGACAGUUGUCUUUUAUGUAGCGUUUUAUACCUAAAUUUCCUCGUAAAUUCUACAUGCAUGUUACGUUUCUUGGGACUACUUUUUUAGCACACAUAAAAAACUGGGUCACAACCAAUCGAUUGAUUUAGAGAAUCGAUAUAGUUAUACAUAUCAAUACAUCAGUAAUAAACGCUAGCAUUUCAACAUUGCGAUAUUCGACUAUGCGACAAUUAAUAUCGUCGCUUCGAUACUAACCGGUAAGUCCAAUGAGUUAGUUUCACUUUAAUAAUGACACGUCAGAAAAACAACACACCAGUAUCUGCUGUUGUCGAAUCCAAGAAGUCUGACUUAAUGAACUUCUAUUUAAAUUUAUUCAGAAAGAGUCUAACCAAAAUAGGAACAACGUUCUGCGUUCUCUUUAGCCAUUGCAAACACUUCGGUUUAUAUUACCACAACGGUGGAUAGCUGAUAAAGUGCUAGCAAGAUUUCAUACGAUGAAUAACUGGCAGUAGGAUAUGGACAACAGAAUGGGCAAUGGUUAUUUCAAUUAGGACUACUUCUUUGGAACUGCUGUAUUGGAUAAAACGGAUAUAAAAUGGCACAGAAAUGGACAAUAGAGAUAGAAUCUAUUACAAAUGCGGAAACUGCUUGGCAAGAAUGCAAAAAAAUAUGUAAUCACAAACAUUACAUCGAGCCGAGCCAGCUGGAAGUGAUGGAUAUGCCAAGAGACGCACGACCUUUUGGAGAGUCCCUUAAGAAAUGUCUCAUGCACAUGUCAACACUGACGUGUCGAGUACAGAACGGAACCAGAAUGUGCACUGGGCUAGUGCAACGUGUUCGAAAGUCUAAAGUGAACACAUCAAACAGAAGUGACUGUCCCGAUCCAAAUUGUUCCGUUUCUAGAACUCACGAGAUACGUAUUUUGACCGUGACGUCUGUGAGUUCUAUUAUUAAACCACGAUCACGUGACCAACAUAUUCAACUACUUAUUGAAGACUUUAACUGUCACUAUCAUUUCAGCGGCAUCAAAAGCGAAGGCGAGGAGGAGUCAGUCAGGAGUGAGUGGUGUGAACUCAUUUUUAUCACUCACGAUAUAGACAACACAAACACACUCCCUGCGGCUGUAACGGAUUUCGAGGAAAGCCAAAGAUCACUGUACGAAGAAUUUCAACGGGAAAACUACCCUAAAAAAAUCAUUUCGAUCAUAGGCUACCCCCACGGCCCCAAGAAGAUGGUCAGCUUCGGGGAAAUUAUUUCCAGGGAACCUGAAGGAAAUAUAAGAGGGGACUUGGAGUGGUGCGUGUACAGGUACGAUGCUCCAACGUGUCCUGGGUUCAGUGGGGCGACCUUAUUGAUACCUGGUCAGCCUUUGGCGGGUUACGGUUACUGGUUUGGACAUCCUCAUUGUCACUAUGCUUACGACGACAAUACUUGGCUAGGUCGUAGUUCAAUAGGUUGCGACCAUCGGUCAAGGACGAGCUUAAGCGAGCCUUGGGCGUUUUCUCUUUCGGCUUAUUAUAAAUACAUUUUAAUUGUAGGAAUUGCAAUCGUUUCCAUGUGGGUAUACUCAUCAUAUUAAUCUUACAAUUGAUUCGUAUAGUACUUCCAUCAUCAUAAUCACCAUCAUCAUCAUCAUCAUUGGCCUCCUUCAGCCUAUGGCUCAUCUCGAACAUCUUAAUCACAAAUUAAUGAUGCAAUGAUGUAAACAUCACAUCUGAGUUGUCAACUGUGCGACAAUGCAAAGUCUGCUAACAUAUGCAAUAACCCGUUGGAAAGCCAACGUGUCAUCUAAACUAUUCUAAACUAUUGCGCCGCUUAGACAACCUUUUAAAAAGAGCCUCAUAAGCCACACGCCCAACACUACUAUGUUUAAAAUGUCUCAUCAAAAUCGGUAAAAUCUCAGAAGACAACAACCACACGCUCCAUUAUAUUUGCGCCAAGCCUUCACGAAGUGGGCGACUUCUGUCGAUCAGGACACAGAACCGAACGGUACAAGAAAUUCUUUCCUCCUGACUCUGUCAGACUGUAUCCAGCGCUAGUCAAUGACUAGGACACGUGACAGGAAUCAAGACGUCUGUGUGUUUUCACCAAAUGAACUUUUUGUGUUGGUGUCUGUUCUAUUUAUGUGAAUGUUUUUGCUGGUGUUUUGAUUUGAGAAAA